AUGGCCCUAAGUACCUUGCUUGGGACGAGUUUCUCAUCCUUCAGAAAGGAGUCGAUUUCUGUUGACUCGGCUGAUAAUAUUUUUCAACCUUCACAUGAGGCAGACCUUUUUUGGUCUCGGCGUUGCGCUGACUCGGUAGAAACAGUAGACCACGGUAUCAAAUGCGGACCGGUUCAAAUCAAUUUCAAUCACGGCACCACGACACUUGCUUUUAAGUAUGCUGGUGGAGCCAUUGUCGCGGCGGAUUCCCGUGCAUCUUCAGGGUCGUAUAUUGCCUCCGGAACAACGGAAAAGAUCCUUGUAAUUAACAAAUACCUCCUGGGAACAAUGGCUGGUGGGGCUGCGGAUUGCGCCUUCUGGGAACGCGUUCUAGCGAAGCAAUGCAGAUUAUUCGAACUGAGAAACAAAGAACGCAUGUCGGUUGCUGCUGCCUCCAAGUUAUUGGCGAAUAUGCUUUACGAAUAUAAAGGCAUGGGACUAAGCCUCGGCACUACAAUAGUAGGUUGGGAUAAAAAAGGCCCAGGCAUCUACUACGUGGAUGAUAAUGGUGAGAGAAUGACUGGGAAUCUGUUUUCCGUCGGUUCGGGCAGUAUGUAUGCCUAUGGUGUGCUAGACACAAAUUACAAAUUUGGCAUGAAAGACGAGGAAGCUUAUGAGUUGGCUCGUAGAGCCAUUUUUCACGCAACACACCGUGAUGCUGCUUCUGGAGGAAACAUCAAUUGUGAGUUUGCCUUGAUCUACUCAUUGACUUUACAGUGUAUCACAUGA